AUGUCCUGUGCACCACUGUGCAGGGAGGAGGAGAGAAGGAAGAUAGAGGGGAAGAGUGAGGGGAAGAGUGAGGGGAAGAGUGGGGGGAAGAGUGAGGGGAAGAGUAAGGGGAAGAAUAAGGGGAAGAAUAAGGGGAAGAAUAAGGGGAAGAAUAAGGGGAAGAGUAAGGGGAAGAAUAAGGGGAAGAAUAAGGGGAAGAAUAAGGGGAAGAAUAAGGGGAAGAAUAAGGGGCAGGGAGGGCAGAGGUGAGAGUGAGGAGGGUGACGGUGACGGUUGACCACUGUGGUACUAUCUAUUAUCCUAUCUAUUAUGGGAAACGGAAUCAGAAACGGACACGACGCCCGACCGAAAGAAGCCUUCUGCCGCCCGCUCAAACAUCCGUCGUGUCUCCCCCUUCUAUCGGCAUCGGGGAUAGUUGUGGUUGUCUUCUUGAUAGCCUCCUGUCUUCCGCGUAUCUCGCCUGGGGAGGUAGGGUUGGCGUCUUGGAAUGGUCCAAGAUGCUAUAUCUCAACCACGGCGGAUGGUCAGCACUCGGUGAAGGCAUACUCACAUCUCAGAUCCCUCCCUCCCUUCCCUCCCUCACUUCCCCA